UCACGACCAAACAACAUCCGCACUAAACACGACUAAAACGGGAUUAAUUUUCUUCAAUGACCAUCUAGCCUCGAUCUGAGUGACAAAAUGGCGGUAUAAGAUACACACCUCCACUCACCCGUACAGGAUAAACGUUUCCCAAACAGCUGAUCGACGUGUGUCCUGCCCUUAAUUGUGUACAUCAAUCAAAUCUACAACUCUUUCAGACGCAACAAAGUCUGUCAGACGGGACUGUCUCACUUAAGACAGCUCAGCUGGACAACCUGAAAUCUGCCAGUCAGAUUCCUUAAAUCUGACUGGUAAAAGACUUCAGACGACAUCAAACGUCCUCAACCUACCUAUCAACCUACCUAUCAACCUACCUAUCAACCUACCUAUCAACCUACCUAUCAACCUACCUAUCAACCUGCAGUAUCAACGAGUUAUACCACACACUGAUUUUUUCACUCAAUGGAUCUAAAAUUUAAAAUGACAUCUUAAACAAACGGAAGCUUACUACAAUGCUGUGAUAGACAUUUAGAAUUGUUAGUGUUGUGGUAGAUUUGUCUCUGUCAACAAACGGAAACUUUCUACAAUGCUGUGAUACACAAGACGAUUGAGACUGUUAGUGUUCAGGUAAAAUUGUCUCGACCCAGCGGCAGGCAGCAAAAGAUGUCCUCACCAUACAAGAAACUCCCCGCGAGUGUGGUGAAAUCCAUCGCUGAGAGGUUGAGUAAGUGUAACCUGACGCACGACUCCCUGGCUGUGAGGGAACCAGACGUGACCUACUGCAAUGCGACCUGGGACCUUUUCUCCUGUUGGUCCACCACAAGGGCGGGGGAUAUGGCGGUGCAGCCGUGCUUUGAGAGUGGCCUGUCAGACGCCUCCAACAACGCGACCAGGGUAUGUCUAGAGAACGGUACGUGGGACAAAAGCAACUACACGAAAUGUAUGGGGGGAAAAGACCAGCGUUUGUUGAUGGAGGCCCAGGAGCCCACUGGCGUCUUGUUGAUCUACGAUAUCGGCUACAGCAUCACCACCAUCUCACUGGUCGCUGCUCUCAUCAUCUUCUUUUACUUCAAAAGUCUGCGGUGCCUGAGGAACUCUAUCCACUGUAAUCUCUUCGCUGCUCUCCUCUUCUCCAACGUCAAGUGGUUUAUCCUGAGACUCUCCAUCCACAAGAUCAGAGAGAACAUCAUGUGCAACAUCCUGGUGGUGGUCAUGCACUACUUCCACACGUCCCUCUUCUUCUGGAUGUUCGUGGAGGGCUUGUACCUCUUCACCAUCAUCUUGUGGGCUUUCUCGGCACAGAAGCUCAGGCUCUGGCACUAUCUUCUCAUUGGCUGGGGUGUUCCGCUGAUUAUCAUGGUUGUUUGGACCGUCUUAAAGCUUCACUACGAGCAAGUCCUGUGUUUUCUGCCCCAUCCCAACUACCCCCACCUCGACUACAUCAUGUACAUGCCCAUCCUAAUCGUUUUACUGAGCAACGUGUUUUUCAUCGUCACCAUCAUCUGGAUCCUCGUCACCAAGCUGAGGGCGUCAAACACACUGGAGACCCGGCAAUCCAGGAAAGCUCUGAAAGCCAUCGUUGUCCUGUUGCCCCUCCUCGGGCUAGGCUACGUCCUGUUCCUUGAACCGCCUGUACAGAAUGAGAUUCUCGUCAUCAUCUUCAAGUACAUCAAUGCUGUUUUACAGUCCCUGCAGGGAUUCUUCGUCACCAUAUUUUACUGCUUCCUUAACGGCGAGGUACGAGUCCUACUGCGGCAGAAGAUCAGCGCCCUACAGGACAGCAGGACACUAAGCCGCUACACCAAGUCCUCAUUCUUCGGGAGUCCCCGUCGCUCAAGCUGCUACGCUAUGGCGGCGACCAACGGCAAGGCCACCCCCGGGCUUAAGCGGAUCUCUGGGGGGAGCGGCCAGUCCAAGCUGUCUCGUACGUGCGAGGCUGAGACUGAAGCCAGCGCUUCCAUGAUGGACAACAUGCUGUAGGACAGCUGUCUAUGAUGGACAACAUGCUGUAGGACAGCUGUCUAUGACAGACAACAUGCUGUAGGACAGCUGGACAUGGUGGACAACAUGCUGUAGGACAGCUGUCUAUGACAGACGACAUGCUGUAGGACAGCUGUCUAUGACUGACAGUAUGCUAUAAGACAGCUGGACAUGGUAGACAACAUGUUUGAACAGCUAUGUAUGAUGGACAAUAUGAUGUAGGACAACUGUCUAUGACGGACAGCAUGUCGUAUAAUACCCAGGUAUGAUGUAGGAUUCUUAACAAAGAAUGGGUUAUUUCGUUUUGAACAAACUAAUACAUCUAAGCUGAAGAUGUGGACAUCAUAAAGUGGUCGUGAUGGUGUGGGCAUUUUAAAAUAAUCGUGAUGAUGUGGACAUAAAGUGGUCGUCGUGAUGUGGACAUCAUAAAGUGGUCGUGAUGUGGACAUCAUAAAGUGGUCGUGAUGUGGACAUCAUAAAGUGGUAGUGGUGAUGUGGACAUUAUAAAGUGGUCGUGAUGUGGACAUCAUAAAGUGAUCGUGAUGUGGACAUCCUAAAGUGGUAGUGGUGAUGUGGACAUUAUAAAGUGGUCGUGAUGUGGACAUCAUAAAGUGAUCGUGAUGUGGACAUCCUAAAGUGGUAGUGGUGAUGUGGACAUUAUAAAGUGGUCGUGAUGUGGACAUUAUAAAGUGGUCGUGAUGUGGACAUCAUAAAGUGGUCGUGGUGAUGUUGACAUCAUAAAGUGAUCAUGAUGAUGUGGACAUCAUAAAGUGGUCGUGGUGAUGUUGACAUAAAGUGGUCGUCGUGAUGUGGACAUCAUAAAGUGGUCGUGAUGUGGACAUUAUAAAGUGGUCGUGAUGUGGACAUCAUAAAGUGGUCGUGGUGAUGUUGACAUCAUAAAGUGGUCGUGAUGUGGACAUCAUAAAGUGGUCGUGAUGAUGUGGACAUCAUAAAGUGAUCAUGAUGAUGUGGACAUCAUAAAGUGGUCGUGGUGAUGUAGACAUCAUAAAAUGGUCGUGAUAAAAAAGAUGUGAUAAAGUGUACAGUACAAACAAACUACCAACAAUGUAUUUUAAAAUGUGACGUGAAAAAAUAAAUAUGAUUUGGUUGACGUCACAAAUAUUCUAAAGAUGACGUCAAAAGUUGUGCAGUGAUGACUACAUAACCACACUGUGAUGUGUACAGUUUGGUGUGUACCAAAGUCAUGUACAUCACCAGUGUACUAAGGUAGUGUACAUACUUCUAGUUAUAUGUCCUGGCAUGUUGUGUACAUACAUCAUGUACAUAUGAUCUGUAUAUAUGCCCUGUACAAAUGCUCUGACAGUAAUGGACACACCAUCCGCGUCUGUUAACUUUUAUUUUACAUUUGUCAUUUAAUUUGUGGCAAUGACACAGACAUGUCGAUGUUCGAUUGUUAAUUAUUGAACUAUCAGGCUAUUUGGGGUCACUAGGUGAUAUACUGUUUAAUCAAAACCUAGAACUAACUGAACUUAUUUCUCUUGGUGCAGUGAAAUCUGUGAGCAACCAUCGGUUCCAUCACUUCCAAACACCAGUUUUAUAAUUGUCGUUAAAAUCAGUUUACACCAACAUCAAAGUUUACUUUUAUAAAUGUCGUUCUUUUAUGUGUUACAUAUUUCUUAGAAC